AUGCUAUUUGCUUCGAAUCUAAUACAAAACUGUUUGGCCACAAACUUGAACGCUGAAAAUCAGAGGUCAUUUUUUGAAAAUUAUCUGCAAAUCUUAAGAGCUCAUUCGACUCUUCAAUCCUUUCCAUUGGCUAAUUUGGCACACUUGCGGCCAAUUCCAAGUUUGACCGAAUCUCCGCUGGCUCAGAUUUUGAAGUCUGGACUGUUGCCGUUUGAAGCUACUAAUGGACAAGAUGCUGGCUCAUUUGGAGAUAUAAAACUACCUGUGCUGCAGCAUAUGGAACUUCAGAACACCUGGUCCGAAAGUGUUGACAAACUAAUCAAACAACUAACUGGCUCAAAUGAAGAUGAGAAAGAUGGCACGCUCGAACCAAUCGAGAAAACUGGAAAAGAAACUCUCAUCGCUCAAUCUGCUUUUCAUGAAGAAUUUGGCACCGGACUGCAGAAACGAACACAAACUGAAAAUCUGAAGAUUACAAAACCACCUCUCUUUCAAUCGUCAAGUGAUGAUCGACAGCAGAAAGUUCUAGAACAUUCUGGAAAUGAUUGCGUGACGUUCCUUUGUCGUGUGUGCAAGGAAGGCUUUCAGGAUGAAGAGAGUCUAGCAAGACAUCAGAUGAUGCAUGAAGAGCUGAAGCCCUUUUCAUGUGAAAUAUGCGGCAAAAGGUUCACGCAACAGGGGACGGUGAGGCAGCACAUGCAGAUCCACCGGGGGCUGAGGAGGUACCAGUGCGACAUCUGUGGUCGGAGAUUCAACCAGAGGGGACCCCUCAGGCAACACAUGGUGUGCCACACAGGUCUGCGACCAUACCAAUGUGAUUCUUGUGACAAAGCAUUCACACGGAAGGCUCACUUGGAAGCCCACGUGACCAUCCACACCGGAGCACGUGACUUCUACUGUGAACUGUGCCGAAAAGACUUUUCCCGUUUUUCUUCUCUCUGUUCGCACCAAAAACUGCACGGAAGUGAAAAAAGUUUCGGCUGCAAAAAGUGUGGGAAAAGUUUCCCCAAUUCAAACCAACUGUGGAGUCACUUCAGAAUUCACAGUGUCGAGAAAAAUUAA